GUCCUCCCCAGGCACCACGCCUGUGCCACCGGGGCUCAGUGGACACAGAGCAACAGGCAGGGGCCACGUGGGUCCACCCUGAGCACCCCAGGGGUCCCAGGAGAAGGCAAAGCGGUGCUGAGUCGGGAUGGUGUGUGCGUGGCCACCUGGAAGGCUUCCUGGAAGAGGGGUCCCGAGAAGCAGCAAGAGGGAGGCAGGGGGUUGCGGGGCGCAGGCUGGGGGCCGGUGUCCCUGCCUGAGCCUCUCCUCUCCCCCUCCCCCACCCUCCUGCGGCUCCGCGGCCAGCAGCUCUGCAGUGCUCGGCUCAGCGCCACUCAGGAAGGCCACCUCCUCCUGCCCUCCCCCGCCCUGUCACCACUCACCGCAGGGCCUCCAGGGGGUGGGGACCCCGGCCUGGACACUCCCCACUGUGGCCCCAGACCUCAGCCAGCCGGACAGACGUUCAGUCGGACGCAGGGCCCCGGAGCCCGAGGUGGGCAGCGCGCCAGGGCCCCUCGCGGCCUCUCAAGAUGGGGCCCACAGGAAGGCCUUCCGGGAGUCCGUGCGGCCUGGCUGGGAGUACAUUGGCCGGAAGAUGGACGUGGCUGACUUCGAGUGGGUGAUGUGGUUCACCUCCUUCCGCAACGUCAUCCUCUUCGCCCUCUGCGGACAUGUGCUCUUUGCCAAGCUGUGCACCAUGGUCACCCCCCAGCUGCGCUCCUGGAUGUAUGCGGUGUACGGCGUCCUGGCUGUCAUGGGCACCAUGGGCCCCUGGUACCUGCUGCUGCUGCUCGGCCACUGUGUGGGCCUCUACAUCGUGUCCCUCCUGGGCCAGCCCUGGCUCUGCCUCGGCCUCGGCCUGGCCAGCCUGGCCUCUUUCAAGACUGACCCCCUCACGUCUUGGCAGAGCGGGUUUGUAACAGGCACUUUUGAUCUCCAAGAGGUGCUGUUCCAGGGCGGCAGCAGCUUCACCGUGCUCCGCUGCACCAGCUUCGCGCUGGAGAGCUGCGCGCACCCCAGCCGCCGCUACGCGCUGGCCGACCUGCUCAAGUACAACUUCUACCUGCCCUUCUUCUUCUUCGGGCCCGUCAUGACCUUCGACCGCUUCCACGAGCAGGUGAGCCAGGCGGAGCCGGCCCGGCCCGAGGGAGAGCUGUGGCGCAUCCGGGCACAGGCGGGGCUCAGCGUGGUCACGAUUGUGGUCGUCGACAUCUUCUUCCACUUCUUCUACAUCCUCACCAUCCCCAGCGACCUCAAGUUUGCCAGCCGCCUCCCAGACAGCGCCCUUGCUGGCUUGGCCUACGCGAACCUGGUGUACGACUGGGUGAAAGCAGCCGUCCUCUUUGGCGUUGUCAACACCGUGGCGCGCCUGGACCACCUGGACCCACCGCGGGCGCCCAAGUGCAUCACGGCGCUCUACGUCUUCGGGGAGACGCACUUCGACCGGGGCAUCAACGACUGGCUGUGCAAGUACGUGUACGACCACAUCGGCGGGGAGCACUCAGCCGUGAUCCCAGAGCUGGCGGCCUCCAUGGCCACCUUCGCCAUCACCACGCUGUGGCUUGGGCCCUGCGACAUCGUCUACCUGUGGUCGGUCCUCAACUGCUUCGGCCUCAACUUUGAGCUCUGGGUGCAGAAGCUGGCGGAGCACAGGCCUCUGGCUCAGGUGGAGGUGAGCGGGGCGGGGAGGCGGGGGCAGGAGGGCAUGCACAGGGCGCUGGGAGUGCGGGGACUCAGGAGGGCCCUGCUGCUCUCUGGCCUCGCCAGCCACCCGUUGCCCGCUGCCUUGAGCGGCCUCAUGGUCCACCCCAGGUAUCCAGGCACCAGCUCGGCCUGUGGGCACCACACCACCCCCAGGGCUGGGCCCGACACAGCUGGGCCUGGCUCGUUGCUUGGGCCUCCUCUCUCAGGCCUUGGAAUCCCCGUGUUCAGCGAGGGUGAGCCGGCCCGGAACCCCCGAGACGCUCGCACAGCCCAGGCACGAGCAGCCAGGCCAGGCCCCUGAGCGCAGGGCGCUCCUCUGGGCCCUGCCGUGACCCUGCCCGGC